AUGGGAAACCUCAGCCAGUUCUUGGGUAUAGAAGUGUAUAGAGACACAACAGGAUUGUACUUAAAUCAAGCCAAAUAUGCUACUGAUCUACUCAAGAAAUUUGGGUACGAAAAUUUGAAACCAAGCUUGACACCCAUGGCAACUGGAAAGUUAAUAUCUAAGGCUGAGGGACAGGUCUUGAAAAACCCAACAUUGUAUAGAAGUGCUAUUGGUGGUCUCCAGUACUUAGCCUAUACAAGAUCGGAUAUCACAUAUUUAGUGAACAAAAUGAGCCAAUUCCUCCAAACACCAACUGAUGCUCACUGGAAGGCACUCAAAAGAGUGUUUAGAUACCUGAAAGGAACUCUAAAACAUGGACUUGUCAUUCGAAAAAGUGACAACCUUGACAUAAUUGUGUUUGCAGACUCUGAUUGGGCAUCUUGCCCAGAUGAGAGAAGAUCCACAGCAGGUUAUUGUGUAUAUCUUGGAGAUAAUUUGGUGUCCUGGUGCUCGAAAAAACAACAUGUUGUGGCAAGGUCAAGCACGGAGGCUGAAUAUAGGGCAUUAGCUCAUUGUGCAUCAGAAAUUACAUGGAUACAAUCCCUGAUGAAGGAGCUAAAGAUACCAUAG